UCUUUAGAUUGGUCAUGCAGAAAACUUCCGUCUUUAGCGAGCGAUUCCACACAGAAAGGAAAAUAUUCAAAGGAGUUACCGAGCUAAUCAGCAGUCAAAUACACAUCUAUACGAGCUUCACACAGCGAUUGUCUGGGCCUCCCUCAUCGCGAGCCCCCAGGAGUGAAUGACGCUCCCCCCAUCCCUUCCCGCGCCCUGACGAGGAUGACAAUGGAAGAGAUGAAGAAUGAAGCAGACGCGACCUCGAUGGUAUCCAUGACGCUCUACGCCGUGAUGUACCCUGUCUUCAAUGAGCUGGAGAGAGUAAAUCUGUCUGCGGCACAGACUCUGAGAGCAGCUUUCAUAAAGGCAGAGAAGGAGAACCCGGGACUGACUCAGGAUAUUAUCAUGAAAAUUCUGGAGAAGAAGAACGUGGAGAUCAACUUCACCGAGUCUUUAUUACGCAUGGCUGCCGACGAUGUUGAGGAGUACAUGAUUGACAGGCCUGAGCGGGAGUUCCAGGACCUGAAUGAAAGAGCUCGCGCUCUGAAACAGAUCCUCAGCAAAAUCCCUGACGAAAUCAACGACCGAGUCCGUUUCCUGCAGACAAUCAAAGAUAUAGCCAGUGCCAUAAAAGAACUACUGGACACAGUGAACAACGUCUUUAAGAAAUACCAGUACCAGAACAGAAGGGCACUUGAGCAUCAGAAGAAAGAGUUUGUGAAGCACUCAAAAAGCUUCAGUGACACUCUGAAAACAUACUUCAAAGACGGAAAGGCAAUAAACGUGUUUACCAGUGCCAACCGGCUCAUCCACCAAACCAACUUGAUACUGCAGACCUUCAAAACUGUCGCGUAGGAGUCAUAGAAGUGUUUUUUUAAAAUAACCUUUAUAUAAACAAUGUAAAAAAAAAAAAAAGCACAAAAAAAUCCUUUGGACUGUAAUUUAUGAACACUUAAGGCAGGAUGGCUUCUAUUAUGGUUUCUAACCCCAUCUAAAUCUAAUCUUCAUGAGCUGGAGUGACCGCCCAGAGUUUCUCAUAUCCUGAGCUUUAGAGUCACGCUAUUGCUGUCUCGCUUCCGACGUGUUUUCGUUCUGUCCGGUCAGUCCAACAGAAAGCCAAAUGCCCGGGGGCCUUAACGGGAUGGGACACGGGGCGUCCAGACUUGCUUGUAAAUGCUGGGGUUUAGCAGUCUCCUCUGAUGCUUUGAACUUGAAUGAGAGAUGUAUAUUUAAUAGAUAUUUGGUAACAGAAUUGUUCAAAUAAACACCGCACAUGUCAAA